CUUGUGAUUCCAUAUCAUAAGCAGAGUAGCUUCCCUUGUUUCCAACUUCAUCCUCAUCCUCUCAUCUUUCAUCUUACACUACCUACCAUGAAACCAAUCACCACUCCUCUCUACCUCUCCUUGUUUUUCAUCACUCUCUUUCUCACCGGUCAGUCCCAACCAUACACUCCGGUCGACAAUAUCACCCUCGCCUGCGGCAAUUCCGGCCAACCGACCAAUGAUCUGCUCAGAACUUGGACAGGAGAUGUCAACUCCAAGUUCACCCCAAUAGGUAACGCAUCCGAAUCCAUAACUGCACCUAUGUCCUCCACAGCCAGCCAAGUCCCUUACACCAAAGCUCGUCUCUCUCGCUCUGAAUUCACUUACACUAUUCCCCUCUCUCCCGGCCAAAAGUUCAUCCGCUUACAUUUCAACCCCGACACAUACAACAACAACUUCCAACGCUCCAACUCCCUCUUCUCCGUCACUGCCGCCGGGUUCACUCUCCUCAAAGACUUCAACGCCUCCGUCACCGCCGACGCUUCCGGUGGCUCUCCGCUGGUAAAAGAGUUUUGUGUAAACAUCGAGACAGGACAGAGACUCGACAUCACCUUCACCCCAAGCAAAGAUGCCUACGCUUUCAUCAACGGAAUCGAAGUUGUGUCCAUGCCUACCGGUUUUUACUAUACUUCCUCACCUAAUUUCAUUGACACCAGCGCAAGCUCAUAUCCAAUCAGAAACGACACAGCUCUGGAGAUGGUGUACAGAAUCAACGUCGGCGGAGGCCCCAUAGCGCCGGACGAAGACACAGGAAUGUACCGGAAUUGGGACUCGGCCGACGAUAAAUAUUUGGAUUAUCUAAGUAAACAAUUCAGCGUGCUUCCACAGAACAAUACCAUCGAGCUCAACUUCCUCACAGUUCCAGAGUACUCUGCUCCGAAACGGGUUUACACAACAGGUCGGUCAAUGGGGAUGAACACAACCAUCAACAAGAGCUAUAACCUCACAUGGAUAUUUCCCUUGGAUCCCAAGUUUUAUUACCUGGUGAGACUCCAUUUCUGUGAGUUUGAAUCUGACAUUACCGAGGUUGGAGAUCGAGCGUUUCAAAUCUUCAUAGCGAAUCAAACCGCAGAACGACUUGCAGAUGUUAUUGUAUGGAGUGGAGCUAAUGGGAAUCCAGUUUACAGAGACUACGUUGUGGGCAUGUUCAAGCCUCCGGUUGGAAGCGAGAAGAAAGUUAAUCUCUAUCUAGUACUGGCAGCGCUACAGAAAUAUUCAUAUACUAAAUACAACGAUGCCAUCUUGAACGGACUAGAAAUCUUCAAGCUCAGCGACUCCACUGGAAACCUUGCCGGACCUAACCCCGAUCCAAGAACUCAGGUCGACGCACCAAAGGUGCCACCAAAGAGUAGUCCUGGUAAGAAAAAGUCUACUCCUGUGGUUGGUAUUAUCGCAGGUGUAGCUUCCGGGCUAGUGUUCUCUGUUCUCGGAUACAUGGUUUUCAGGAGGAGAUGGAAAGUCAAGGACUCUGGCUCCUGCAACAAGAGAAUGAAGUUUACAACAACCCCCGGGUCAUCUUAUCGGUGUCGCUGCUUUUCACUAGCAGAGAUCAAAGCCGCCACUAAGAACUUCAGUGAUGCUUUCAUCAUUGGAGCUGGAGGAUUUGGUAAUGUUUACAAAGGAUGCAUUGAUAGUGGAGUUACUCCAGUUGCAAUCAAACGACUGAAACCAGAAUCAUCCCAAGGUGUUCAUGAAUUUGAGACUGAAAUUGAGAUGCUCUCCGAACUCCGUCAUCGCCACUUGGUUUCACUCAUUGGAUAUUGUACUGAUAAAGGAGAGAUGAUCUUAGUGUAUGAUUACAUGGCACAAGGGACCCUCCGUUCUCAUCUCUACCACACUAAUAAGCCAUCUCUUCCCUGGGACCAACGGCUUCAGAUUUGUAUCGGUGCAGCUAGAGGAUUGCAGUACCUUCAUAGUGGCGUGAAGGGCACCAUUAUUCACCGAGAUGUGAAGAGCACAAACAUCUUGCUGGAUGACAAAUGGGUGGCCAAGGUUUCAGAUUUCGGGCUGUCCAAAGGCACAACAGACAUGUCCACAACUCACAUCAGCACGAAUGUGAAAGGCAGUUUCGGGUAUCUGGACCCAGAAUACUACCGACGCCAAUGUCUAACUGAGAAGUCAGAUGUCUACUCAUUUGGUGUAGUUCUGUGUGAGGUAUUGUGUGCAAGGGCAGCAGUGAUACAUACAGAAGAGCUGAAGCAAGCUAGCCUUGCUGAGUGGGCAAAGAGCUGUCAUGAGAUUGGGGAACUUGAUCAGAUCAUUGAUCCAAGUUUGAGAGGUAACAUCAUAGCUGAGUGCUUGAAUAAGUUCACCGAUAUAGCUAUCAGUUGCAUGCAUGAAAACGGAACAGAACGGCCCUCCAUGACUGCUGUUGUUAGGGAGCUUGAACAUGCAUUGCAGCUUCAGCAAAGUGCAGAAGGAAAAAGCAAGUGCCCUGGAAGGAAUGUUGAAACUGAAACAAGCUGUAGUGAGCAAAACUGUGCCACCAACGAUUCCAUUAAAUGUAUAUCUGCGACAAUCUUCUCUGAGAUAAACAACCCAAGUGGGAGAUGA